AGAAGAAAGAAGAAAAGAAAUGGAGGGAGAAGGAAGAAGAGAAGAUGGAGAUAAUUGCUCUUAUCUCUGCAUCCCUUUUAACUUCAUCGGCGAUAUCUUCCGAUCGUUCUUCUGGAGUCUACCAACUCCUCCUGAUAAUUCUCCGAUAUCACAAGAAGAAGAGGAAGAGACAGAGGUUGUGAAUGUGACUUCAAGGAGUGUGGUGUCGGGGAACGUUGCAGCGCGAAGGAGUAAGCAGCAAACGAGUUCCGGGAAGAGUGGAGGUACCAACAAGGCACCUUCCUAGUUUUAGCUUCCACAAGUCUUCAUUUCAAUAAAAAGUCAACUUCAAC